ACGUUCGUUGUAAUAUUGAUUUUUAUAAAAUUUCAGUGUUUCUUCACAAUGGCUCCAAGUAGAAGAUCUAGAUCCGCCCUGGCUGAGAUAAAAUCUUCCCCGCCCACCUCACAAAAAAGGCGGUCCACAAAUAAACAGACAGAAGCCCUGGGAAAAGUAGCGACUCCAGAACCCAAGAUGAAACCUAUCCCAAAGAGAUCCCGUUCCAAAGUUGAAAAUGCGGAAAACCUUGAAAUGACCGAAGAAAAUGGAAAGAAGGAAAGUCCGCCGGCGGUUGAAAUUGUUAAAGAGGAAGCGGUUGUAAAGGAAGAAGCACCGCCUGCAGUUGAAAACAUCAAGGAGGAAUCGGCACCGCCUGCGGAUGUAAAAGAUGAGGAUGAGGAUAAGCCCAGAUCUCAACAGGGGAGGAAGGUGAAAGAAGAAGAUGAUUCAGAUGAUCAAGAAGUUGAAGAGAACACUCUUAUGAUGGAGUCAGGAAUCAUUUCAGCUGAAGCUCUAAAGGAGGAGGAGAAGGCAAGGCAGGAUAAUAUGAAGAAGGAGAAACAGAGGAACCAUGACGGAGAGCCAAUGUCAGAGUUAUCUCAAAAUCAAAGGUAUGAGUUGCUGAUGGAGCUUUUGAAGAGAUCUGAGUUCUUCACCGGGUAUAUUAAACAGAAAAUGGAGGACAAGGAAGAUGCAGCGGAAAUAAAGAAAAGGAAAGAAGAGAUUAGAGCGAAGAAGAUGGCUGCCAAAGGGAAAUCUGUGCCAGUGGGAAAGAAAAGUGUAAAGAAGUAUACACUCAAAAUGGCAGAAGAAAGCGGAAAAGGAAAAGGAAAGAGAUUGGCAGAAGAGGAAGGAAACGUUGAAAGUAAGAAAGUGAAGCUAGUACAGGAGAGAAACUGGGACGGACAACAUAUAUCAGAGGAUCAACCUCUUCUUCUCUCUGGAGGUAUAAUGCGAAACUACCAGCUUGAAGGAUAUCUAUGGUUGGCUAAACUCUACGAGAACGGUAUAAACGGUAUCCUAGCUGAUGAGAUGGGUUUGGGUAAAACUAUCCAGUGUAUCGCCUUGUUCUGCUACCUCUACGAGAUGGGGGUCGGGGGACCCUUCCUCGUAGUGGCGCCGCUCUCCACAGUUCCUAACUGGGUCAACGAGUUCAAAAGGUUUGCUCCAAAGAUCCCUUGUAUGCUGUAUCACGGAUCUAAAGAGGAGAGGAUGGAGCUGAGAGCUAGGAUGGGAGAAACUGUGACGUGUGAUGAAGUUGACGGGUUGAUGUUCAAUGUUAUUGUGACUAGCUACGAAAUAGCUAUGAACGAUCGCGCGGUCCUAGCUCCUAUAAGUUGGAAAUACCUAUGUGUUGACGAGGGGCACAGGUUGAAGAAUAUAGAUUGCAGGCUGGUCAGAGAACUCAAGAAGUAUAAUAGUGAUCACAGAUUGCUGUUGACCGGAACCCCUCUACAGAAUAAUCUACGUGAACUGUUUUCCCUUCUCAACUUCGUACUACCGGAAAUAUUUGAUAAUGUAGAGGUGUUCGAGUCCUGGUUCGACGCCAAGGAGAUCCAUGAGGACGAGGAGAACACAAACUCCAAGAUCCUGGCCCAGGAGCAGAAGAACAGUGUGGUCAACAUGCUUCAUCAGAUCCUUCUACCCUUCCUGAGGAGGAGGGUCAAGACGGAUGUAGGUCUUGAGAUACCACCUAAGAAGGAGGUGUUGGUGUACUGUCCCCUGACCCCCCGACAGAAGGAGAUGUACCAGGCUGUGGUAGAGAAGACCAUCGGAGACCUGCUUGGACCUAAGGAGGAGAUCGAUCUUGAAACUCAAGGUCGGGGUAAGAGAAGAAAGGAUAGUAUUGACUAUUCAAUAUUUGAUACAGAAACUGAAUACAAGAAUGAUGAUAGGUUUGAGGACUCGGUCCGAAAGCUCAGUAGCGUUGUAAAUAAAGGCAUGCCGGCCGCUGCCACUGCAUAUGUGAUGAAACUUGACGAGACGAAAGAGAUCAACUUCUCCAUCAAGAAUAGGAUGAUGGAUAUGAGGAAGGCUGUCAACCAUCCAUAUCUCAUCAACUAUCCAAUCUCAGAGGACGGAGUCUAUUACAAGGUUGAUAAUGAUAUAGUUGAUAUCUGCGGUAAACUGAAAGUUUUGGAUCAGAUGUUGACUGAGCUGAUGGCACGCGGACACAAGAUAUUACUCUUCAGUCAGAUGACACGAAUGCUGGAUAUUCUGGGAGAUUAUUUGGGAUUUAGAAACCUGUCCUUCUCUCGUCUUGAUGGAUCCAUGUCAUUUGUGGACAGACAGGAUAAUAUUGACAGAUUCAACCAUGAUCCCAAGAUCCCCAUAUUUCUACUCUCAACCAGAGCUGGUGGACUGGGAAUUAAUCUGACGGCUGCUGACACCUGCAUCAUCUACGAUAGUGACUGGAACCCCCAGCAGGAUCUGCAAGCCCAGGACAGAUGUCACAGGAUCGGUCAAUCUAAACCUGUUAUGGUCUACAGGAUGGUUACUAAGGGAACUAUUGAUGAGAAGAUUGUACUUCGAGCUGCAGCCAAGAGGAAAAUUGAGAAACUUGUUAUUCACAAGGACAAGUUUAACAAGCUCCAUGAUGUCCCUGAAGCUGGCAAGAUAGACGCCGAGGAGCUGCUCCAGCUUCUCCACAGCAAGGAUCAUGUCGGUGCUGUGACAUGCCAGGAGGGGAAAGUUUUGUCUGACUCUGACCUGAACAAGCUGCUGGACAGAUCUGAUCUGACCUGGGGGGAGAAGGACAAGAACAAGAAGAAGAAGGUAGCUGUGAAGGAGGUGGCCGGAGUAUUUCAAGUUCUUGACUCCGAUAUCGGAGAAGGGUUAGGACUCAACUCUGUCACCGAAUAAACAUAUACAAGAGAAUCCACUCUAACAUAAAACCAAUAGAAUACUUCACAGAAAAUACAUUCUUAAAAAUAAAGUAAAGAAGAUAUUUAAAGUUGUAUUACUAAACGUGGUAUUAUUAUGUAUACUCAACUCGCCUAAUGUCAGUACUUUUGUCAGGAUAGUUUCUUCUGUGUGAUCAUAAACAGUAUUUUAAAUACAAAAGCUUUAUUUGAUAUUUGACAAAAUUGUUCUUUCUUACUGAAUAAAUUUUUUUUGUACCGA